UGUAAGAUCAGAUAAGCAUGAUAAGGCAUGUAAGGGAGUUAUCAAAAAUCGCAAAGCCUCCUUUUAGUAUUGUGAAGCCCUGUCAUUGCCUCCAAGUCGUAUACAAGAUGGUCGUCGACAGGGUGGUGGACGCUGGUCCAUUUUAGACAAUAACUUGCUCAUUUUACACACAAUUUCAGGAAAUCUUCAUGAAACACGGAAAAUGUCCUGCUUAUUUCAUUUAUUGCCAUUAGAUUUUAUUUUGUUAAUUUUAAACUUGAUUUCAAACCUGAUGCUGUUUAGGAUGACCCAAACCGGGCUCUUACAAAAUAAAUAAAGCAAUGGUUAGGGCUACCGCUACUAUAAGUAUAGUAUUUGAAAUGCUGAUAGAUCAUGUUGAUUAGAUAUCAUUUGAUGAGAUUAUCAGUACAGGCGGGCCAGUACAGCCUACUCCAUUAUAUCGGCUGGGCCAUGUCGUUUUAUGCCGAGGUGAAUAUGUCAGUAUCCUAGGCCUGUACCGAUAAUUUGUGAGUUUGGGGGGCGGGGAGGCUCUGGGAUUUUUGCCCAUUUACCUAUCCUACAGCCUUUUUGCCUAUGGUAUGUGGGCAGCCCGUGCUGUCAGUCACUGAAUCGGUACAGUACACUUUGGUUAUGAGUUGCACGAUAUUGUAUCGCCAUAAUAAUUAUUACUCUAGUCUUAUAUUAUAUGUAUCAAUACUCUUUUUGAUCAACAUUAAUGAAAAUAUUACUACUUGACUACUGGAUUUUGUAAAGGACAUGCAUCUAGGAGUUCACUUUUGAUAUAGGUAGAAUCACUAGAUUACUCCAAAAUUGGGAAAAUUUGACUAAAAAUAAUCCAAAAUCCAGUUGAAAUACUAUUUGGACAUUUCUGUGUUUUUGGCUGGUCUGCAUGUACAUGUAUCAGAAAAAUAUUCGUUCCUGCUGAUAAAAAUCAUAGGUUUUUCUGAAAUCUGACACUCUUAACGAUGAAUUUAUAAUUUGUUUUUAGGAGUGGGGCCAGGAGUGGGGCCAGGUUUUAGCAGUGAACGACUUGCAUCAGGUGCUAGAGGUUCACCUCGAUUUGACUUAACCAAACCGCAGUUGGAGUUCUUAUUGGCCUGUCGAUUUACAAAGACACGUAUUGCAUCUAUCUUGAAAGUGUCUACUAAAACUAUCACACGACGAAUGAGAGAAUUUAGCCUUGCCCUUCCAAAGUUGACUGAAAUUAGUGAUGAAGCACUUGAUGAACGUGUGAAGUUACUUCUAGCUGACAAUCAUCGAAUUGGUGCGAACAACAUGAAAGUUCGGUUAGAAAAUUCUGGAAUCCAUGUUAUAAGAGAAAGAGUUCGGAAAGCAAUGAGACGUGUUGACCCAGCUGGUGUAGCUUUGCGGUCCCGGCGAGCAAUCAAGCGUCGAAACUAUCAUGUUCAUGGCCCUAACUCCCUUUGGCAUUUGGAUGGGAAUCACAAGUUGAUAAGGUGGAGGUUUGUUACUCAUGGCUGUGUUGAUGGAUUUAGCAGGCUCCUCACAUUUGUUAAUGUUGCCACCAACAACAGGGCAAGUACUGUGCUCGAACCAUUUAGAAAUGCAGUGCAACAGUUCGGGCUCCCUUCAAGGAUUCGAAUCGACUGUGGCGGUGAGAACACUUUGGUGGCAGAGCAAAUGGAGAGAGAACGAGGGAUGGGAAGAGGAAGCGUUAUACGAGGACGGAGUGUUCACAGUACCCGAAUUGAACGCAUUUGGUUAGAAUUGUGGAGCAAUACAAUUAAUGUAUUUUAUGACUUAUUCCAGGAGUUUGAAAAAGACCUAAUUCUUGACCCAAAUUGUGAAAAUCAGAUGUUUGCCUUACACUUCGUAUAUUUGCCCAGAAUCAGAGAAUCUGUGGCAGACUUUAUUGGACAGUGGAACCAUCACAAAAUCCGUACAGAAAAUGCCAGCCCUAUUCAGCUCUUUGUUCAACGUUCCCUGGAACUUCAGGGCUCUACACAUACUGGUAUUAGAGACAUUUUCAAUCGGGACAUUGGACAGGCUGAGGAAAAUCCUGAGGACGAAUUGAAUUCUGACUUGUCAGAUGAAUCCGAUGGCGAUGCAGAAACGCGUUCUCGACUGACGAUUGUGAAUGUUCCAGACACUGUUUGUCCCCUUACUGAUGAACAGUUAGCUGAACUGCAGGCACAUGUUCAGCCUGCCCUUGGGAUCAAUUUGAGUGACCAAGCUCAAGGCAUUAAAAAGUAUUUUCUUGUCCUUGACUUUAUUGCAGAAAAAAUUGCAUUAUGAUUUUUCUAAAGACAUGAACCAAUGCGAUCGACUUGACAAUGACUUACGUAGUGGACUCCAUACCACUGGCGAUAAUGUAUGGAUUACGACGCCGGUAAUGAUGAUGAUAUCAACAAAUUAUGACAAAACCAGGGCUACAGCAUAAGAAACCAAUUUUGGCUGACUUGAACUUCCUGUGGUGCAUUGGUAGGAUGUCAUAUGUUAUAGCUUGGUUUUGAGCCAGACUGUAAUGUGUUGGCGAGUUCGUGCAAACUUCUCAGCGUACAUUGGCAGGAUGUUACAUGUAUGUAGUAUAGCUUUCUUUUGCCAGACUGAAGCGUUAGCUGAUCUACUUCUCUGGGUACAUCUGCAGGAUGUUUUAUAUUGUAAUAUAUGUUUCUUUUGAGCCAGACAUUGGUGUUAAUGAGUUGACCCAAAUUUCUCAACAUACAUUGAUGGGAUGUUUUAUAUUGCAUAGCUUUCAUUUGAGCCAGACUGUAAUGCUGAAUAUGUACAACUACAUGUACUACAUGUACAUGUACUCACAGAUACAAAAUGUAUGAAUUCAUUUUCAAGUCAAUUUAAGGUUACAUGUAUAUUGUUUGGAUGUUAGCUUUCUCUUGAGCCAUAAAUCCUAUGGUUUCACCAGAAUUGCUUCAGCCUUCAGAUAUACAUGUAUGAAGACAUAUGAAUGGCAUUUGUUUUUAUGUGAGUCUAACACCGAUUGCAUGAGUAUGCUCCCUACAGCGGUAAAAAGAGGCAAAUAGGUGGAAUUCUUCUUGAGACGAAAAUGUCUGAUAAAACAAAGAGGUCAUCAUGUCAUUAUUUUGGUUUAGCUCUCUGGAAGAUUGUUAAACUAACUUUUAACUUAAGUAGCUGUGCACAGUGUCCACAGUGUCAAUUAAGGACGUUCAGGUCCUGAUGAUAUUGAUUCUUAUGCACCGCACACAUUGAGCACAUCUUGUAAAAUGUCAGAGUUCGGAAAUCAUACCCCCUCCCAUGAGAAGCUAAAUUAGGGGACUUUUGGUAUCACAUUUGAACAAUUUUCAGUGCUAACACAUGCAGAUUUUUGAAUGGUUUAUUGUUUAAAUUUGAUUUUCUAAUAUGGCUUGAAUUUGAUUGAAUUUGAAAAUAAAUGAACCUUCUGUCAAAUGAAA